CUCACGACGAAUAUGUAUAAACACCGCGAAGUGUUCGCUUCCGGUGGCAUGUCCCACUUUAUUGGGGGCUACCGUAUGCGGCUGAACGCAAUGUCGAUCAGGCAGGGACCUCAGGCGACCCGCUGGCGGCAUGAGGAGCAAUCGCGCUUCUCUGCCUGCGUGAAUCCGUCCGAGCCAACGAGAUAAGCCAACUCGACCAUCAGCAUGGGCGACUCAGACUCAGAAGCUUCCGCGAUCCACUAUGAAGACAUCAGAGACCCAAAGCUCGAUGAGCUUGUGCGGGAAGUCCUCGAGGAAUUCCACAGUCCCGGACUGUCAAUUGCGAUCCUUCAUAAUGGCAAAGUCAAGGCGAAGGGAUAUGGCUUCGCUGAUCUCGAGGAGAAGAUUCCAGUUGAGCCAGAGACACUGUUCUGCUGUGCAUCCACAACGAAAUCCUUCACUUCUGCUGUAGCAGGAGGUCUCGUAGAAUCUCCGGAUCAUCCGAUCACCUGGCAAACACCUCUGGCCGAGCUCAUACGAGAUGAUUUUGUGCUCGACCAAAGGUCUGCUGGUGGGCAAUGGGCGACGAGCCAUGUGACUAUAGAGGACGCUCUCUCGCACCGAACAGGACUGCCAAGACACGACAAGACCUGGAUCAAUGGAACAUGGUCAGACCGCGAGGUUGUGCGAUCUCUACGUUUUCUACCGAUGCAUCACGAACUCAGAGAGAAGUGGGAGUACAGUAAUGUGCCUUACACGGCUGUAGCACACGCUGUGGAAACAGUAACUGGGGUUUCUUUCGGAACACUGCUUCGCGACCACAUUUUUCAUCCACUGGGUAUGCUGAACACCACGUACAAUCUAGCUGACGCCCAGAAGCUAUCUGAGAAGAACGAAAAAGCUCGUCUAGCGAGAGCCCAUCUGUGGAAUGAAGCAAGCAACCAGUACGAGCGCGUUUCCUGGGACGAUGUUCCACCUGAGCAUGGCUCUGGUGGGAUCAUCUCCAAUGUCCUCGACUACACUCGUUGGAUGCAGCACCUCAUGACGACGCCUCAGGACCACAACCAUGUCCUGAGCAAGAACGUAGUGGCUGCGCUUCGCAAACCUAGAAUGCUGGUCGAGAAGAAGCCGCAACGACCUUGGAUCGGACCAGAAGCAUAUUGCCUGGGACUGUAUUCGCAAGUCUAUCGUGGGCGUGAAAUUCUGUCUCACACCGGCGCUAUUGCUGGAUACAUGGCGAAUAUGCUCAUGGUUCCUCCAACAGCAGCAGAGAUCGGACAAGGGAAAUCGGGAUGGGCCGUAAUGCUCUUGCAGAACUCCUACAGUAUGGCGUACGACAUAAUCGUCCAACAUCUUUUAGACGAUUACCUCCAAACUCCAGAAGCCGAACGUUUCGACACGGCGAAGCACAUGCGGCAGGCUCAGAAGGACAAAGAAGCAGAACUAAAGGAAGACGCGAUUAUCAAGAAGCUAUUUGGUGAAAAGGCCAUGUCUUCGCAUGUCCCGCCCUCGCUACAGGUACAGAGAUUUGAAGGCGUGUACCAGCAUCCCGCCUAUCAUGCGUACCGGCUUUCCAUGUCGAAACCAGCUCGUGGUGGCACUGAGCCCAACACUACGAUGGAGCAACAAAGCCACCAAGAAGAAGCCGGCGUGCCGCUGUACCUCACCCCUGCAGGCAAAGCCUACCUUGAUGUUACAGCAACGCUCCAUCACGUCUCUGGUGACUACUGGUGGGCACUUCAAUGCAUGGGACCUAGCACCUGGAUAACAGAUGAGGCACUGAAAGUUCAAUUCGUGAUUGGCGCAGAUGGAGAAGUCAAAGGCAUGCGAUUCCAAGCCGAACCCUCGAUGCCAGACGAACUGGCUUUCUUUUUAAAGGUCGAGUAAGCUCCUAGCUCUCCAUGUGAGCCACAUGUAACACUGCAGGUACUUCAGUACCUGACCCAGCCGA